UUAACCGCCAAUUCGAUUAAAGUUGGGAGAGAUUGGGGGGUUUGUGUAUUAUAAAAAGGAGAAAAUUUAGUCUUUUUUAAUUAAAAAAGGAAGGAAUUUGUUGUAAGGAAGAGAAAUGCCGACAACGAUAAUAUUGAAUUUAUAAGGUGAGACGAACGUUUCAAUUGGAAUAUUUCCGAGUAUAUUUUUAAGAUUUAAUUUGAUAAAGCAGUUAAAAUAUAAAUGGGUUUGGUGAAAUUAAUGAAUAUUUUAUUAUAUUUAAAGAUAGACACAAUUUUCUUUAUUCCCGCAGCACGUGGAAAAACUCGACUGAAAGGUUUUGGGUCACCUUUUGUCUGUCGUUAGACGUAAAUCUUUUUUGCACUCAAACAAGGCGCAUUAUUUCUCUUUAAUGUUAAGAGAAGGAAAAUACUCGGAGGAUUGUAUCACUUUAUGGAUCAUUAAUAUAUUUUGUUUAUUUCUUAGAUUUUCCAGUUCUCCCCUUAAAUAUCCCGAAAGGUCGUAUGUAUAUUUAAAAUUUAUAUGUCUAAUAAUAUAAAAGUCUGUCAGAUUUCUUUUAAGUGAGAAAUUAAUAAUAGAAAUUAAAGUUUUAUUUUACAAUGUUUGAUAUUUACGUUUUUUUCUUGUAAGAUAUACUUCGGAGGAGUCCAACAUUUCGCCCGAACAAUUAAGGAUGGAAUCUGAAAGUUUCGAAGAAAGAAGUUAACAUUUACUACUGAGAAAAUGGAUUUAAAGAUCGGAAAGACUUUCUUUGUUAUAAAUUUAUCAAAAAAAAUAUUUUUGUAAAUAAACCUUGAACAAUUUUUGUGAGGACCGAAAGAAUCGAAGAAAUUGUUAUAAACGUUUUGUUUUCUGCAUUUUACGAUAAAUUUGAAAUUGGACAUAUUUUAGAUUAAAUAUAGAUUUAUUUUUAAGAUAUAGCCAAUAAGUCGAACAUGUUUUUCUGCAUUUGUGGUUCUAUUUAUUGAUUUAUGUUCGAUGUUUAAAUUCAGAUAUAACAUCGUUUGACAUUUCUAUAGGUUUUGUGCAUGAAAACGCAAAUAAAUUUCUCUGUGAAGAUUGUGGAAAAGCCUUCCGUCGGAAAAGAGAAUUAGAACGUCAUCGCAGGACUCACACGGGAGAAAAGCCAUUCUCUUGUCAGUUCUGCGCUCGAAGAUUCAGUCAUAUGUGCAAUUUACGACAGCACGUUAGGAUUCAUUCUGGAGAGAUACCUUUUACCUGCGAUCAUUGCAAACGGAGCUUUACACAAAGACAAAGUGUAGUAAAACAUCUUCGCAUUCACACUGGCGAAAAGCCAUUUGCUUGUGAUUACUGCAAACGGAAAUUUUCAAGGAAAGAUCAUGUAAUACGUCAUCUUCGCAUUCACUCAGGGCAAAAUACUUCGAUAAAAGAAAAAUUCCAUUAUUCUGGAGAGAAACCUUUUACCUGCGACCAUUGCAAACGGAGCUUUACACGAAGACAAAAUCUAGUAAAACAUCUUCGCAUUCACACGGGAGAAAAGCCAUAUUCUUGUCAGUUCUGCGCUCGAAGAUUCAGUCGUAAAUACAGUUUACGACGGCACGUUAGGAUUCAUUUUGGAGAGAAACCUUUUACUUGCGACCAUUGCAAACGGAACUUUACACAAAGACAAAAUCUAGUAAAACAUCUUCGCAUUCACACUGGCGAAAAGCCAUUUGCUUGUGAUCACUGCAAACGGAGAUUUUCAAGGAAACAUCAUCUAAUAAGUCAUCUUCGCAUUCACACAGGGCAAAAUACUUUAAAAUUUUAUGACAAUAAAGUGUUGUCGAAUUUCGAACAUGUUUUUCUGCAUUUGUGGUUCUAUUUAUUGAUUUAUGUUCGAUGUUUAAAUUCAGAUAUAACAUCGUUUGACAUUUCUAUAGGUUUUGUGCAUGAAAACGCAAAUAAAUUUCUCUGUGAAGAUUGUGGAAAAGCCUUCCGUCGGAAAAGAGAAUUAGAACGUCAUCGCAGGACUCACACGGGAGAAAAGCCAUUCUCUUGUCAGUUCUGCGCUCGAAGAUUCAGUCAUAUGUGCAAUUUACGACAGCACGUUAGGAUUCAUUCUGGAGAGAUACCUUUUACCUGCGAUCAUUGCAAACGGAGCUUUACACAAAGACAAAGUGUAGUAAAACAUCUUCGCAUUCACACUGGCGAAAAGCCAUUUGCUUGUGAUUACUGCAAACGGAAAUUUUCAAGGAAAGAUCAUGUAAUACGUCAUCUUCGCAUUCACUCAGGGCAAAAUACUUGAAAACUGUUUUGAAAAUUCAGCUUAAUUAAUUAAUUGAUUAAGUUAUCACAGGAAACACCUUCCAAAUAAACA